AUGAGCGAUAACAUUGCAGGGACAUUAUGGACGUCCCCUGGGCAAUUCACUGGUCGUGUCGUCCGUGCCCCGUAUCAUCUUUCUCUCUCAAUAACAAAACACCCUCAGAUAAAAGCUACAGCAGCGUUUGGCGGUAUCAAGUUGAAGUUUCCAUCGGACUACGUGCAUUACGAAGACAACUACAAGGAGGAGUUCAAAGUCAAAUUUCCGCACUCGAAGAUACCCGCCUGGGAGGGUAAUGACGGAUUCUUACUAUUUGAAUCAGCAGCUAUUGCCCGUUACGUGGCGGGGAUAUCACCAGAGUCAGGACUGCUGGGGAAGAAUAUUCAGGAGGCUGCCCUCGUCGAUCAAUGGGUCCAUCUCAUCGAGGAAGUAAACGACAACACAGAAAAUAUUGACCAGAUUCUCGACGGAACACUGGCGCCAUAUUCAAAAUCGAUACAUGCGUACUUCGUCUCUCAACAGUUUCGUGGCUUGACAACGCUCAAUGCCCACCUUGCCACACGCACAUUCCUCGUGGGGGAGCGAAUCACACUCGCGGAUAUCUACGUAGCUGCUCUGACGCUUCGUGCCUGUGGAAUUAAUGUUGACACUGCAGCGCGCAAGAAAAUACCACAUCUCAUGCGCCAUCUCGAGACACUCAUUCACCAGCCGAUUUUCGAGGGCAUAUUCUUUCCGGUUCCGGUACUGGAGAAGGCUCCGGUGUAUGUGGCGCCGAAGAAGAACCAAUGA